UAAUAAUAACAACAACAAUAAAUAUAUGUUUAAAAAAAUAAUAGCCUGUUUAAAAACAUAACAUCAUCGUAUUAAUUAUGUUUCGUUGUAAAUGCCAACACCAACUCAAAGAGUUCGACCUCCCACUUACACAAUACACAUAACAUCGGUGUAUUCCGACGUACCGGAGACGUAAAAGAACCAUGAUGUCAUAACCAAGCAUUACAUUAUUAGAGUUGAUAGACCUUUGUGUUCAUGUUAUGAAGCACUACAGCGAAGUGGGCUUUUUUGCCAAGUCAAACCCGUUCAGAGAAAUAAAUGACCCGUCAUCUUUGUGAAGAAUGUAAAAUUUAUGCCAAGAAGGCGACCAAAAAAUGUCAAGGAAUGUUUGGCUCUGUUCCAAUUUAGGUAAGAUUUAUUUAUAGAGCAGCUGAGCUGGUCUCGAAAAAGAUUCAUGACGCCAUGCUUACUGUAAUCCUUGACCGAUAAGAUUUAUAGGAGCAGCCUGAAGAUGACAUCGUCUGGGUCGUUUUUGCACAAUAUUCAAUGAUUCACGUUUAUACAAACAUCCACACUUGAAUCUGUUUACAUGUGAUAUGUUAUCUAAGACACGCAUGCGGAAAGUCAUAAAAUAAUCAUUAAAAUUACGUCAGUCAUUUUUAUUUUUGUUAUUUAAGAAAAAAAAAAUUGAUUAAAAAACGAUAAUCAGAUAUGUUGAUUCGAUGUGCUUGUGAUUUUAAUUGAGUGAUGUUUUCCCUUCUAUUGCUUUAUCUUUCUUAUUCUCUUGAUGUGUGGACUUUUUUUUUUGCUUUUAAUAUUCUAAAAAUGAAUAUGUAUAGAAUACAAUCGAACCACUUUUCUUUUUUGUUUUUUUUUUUUUUUUUUUUUUUUUUUUUUUUUUUUUUUUUUUUUUUUUUUUUUUUUUUUUUUUUUUGAUUUUAAAAGAAAAUGAUAAUCUUAUUGUGUCUUAAAACAGUCCCGUACGCAAGGACCAAAUUUAACUGUACAGUCACCAUUUAAUCGGACGGUUUAAUCUCAAUCCUACACGACUAUUUCUACUCAGGUGUAUUGGUAGACUCUUCAUUAUUGCCAAACUGUAUCUCAUGAGGCGUGCAGAGUUGUUGUGUUCUUUAUUUUUUUUCUACCCGAUGAUUUUAAAAUUCGAAAAUUGUUUGUUUCUUCCUGCAGACAUGAACUUUUUAAUCCAACAUAGUAAUAAAAUAUUUGAAAAAAUAGAUAUUUAAAAAAAAAAAUUAUAAUAAAGAUCUAUUUGUUACUUUUCUUUUUCUUAGGUCGUUUCUAGGUUUUAUGUUUUGUCGUUAAAAAGGGGCGUAGUGGGGUGGGGGGGGGGGCGAACAGCGGUCCGCCUCAGGCGGAUUUUUAUUCCCCUUACAUUGAUGGUCGGCAUUUUCGACCUACUGUAGAUAUUAUUAUUUCUUUGGGUUCGUUUCUAGGUUUUAUGUUUUGUCGUUAAAAAGGGGCGUAGUGGGGUGGGGGGGGGGGCGAACAGCGUUCCCCCUCAGGCGGAUUUUUAUUCCCCUUACAUUGAUGGUCGGCAUUUUCGACCCACUGUAGAUAUUAUUAUUUCGUUGGGUAGGCGUCUAAAACAGCUUGACCGGCUCCGAGUAGUACAUACCCUAGCUAUGUCAUUGCCGUUACCAAAGUAUUUUGAAUAAUCUUUAAAAAAAAAAAAAAAAAUUUAAUACUCGGGUAAAGUGAUUUUAAAAUCAUAUAAUGUCUAAACAUUUUCUUAUUCCUUUACUUCCCAUUAUCCUGCCUAUUAAAAUAUUAAGACAAGGUCGGCAACUUUUUCUUUGAAUGGGGAGCCAUUGUUAUAAAUCAUGUCAGUUAGAAAAUAUUUUGGAAAGCCAAAGCAGAUGCGGAUUAAAAUCAAUAUAGAAAAAAAAAAAGCCGAAAAAAUAGAUCUGUCUUCAAAAAGCCGUAUGAUACCUAUGGGCCUUGCGGGUAUCCGAACACUGCAUUAGUGCAACCUUUUUCCAGAUCUUAACUCGUGGCCAUGACUCACCUGUUCUUCACGUGAAAGAAAUGUAUCCUUUUUCUAUUCCCCCUUCAGAUAAUAUGAGCACGAAGAGAGCAUAUAUGCACAGAGUGAAGGAAGCCGUAGAUUUAUUCUUUGAACAGAUUUUACUGCUGAGGAGUCAUACUGUCAUUGAUUUUAACAAUAGGACUAAGUAAAAAUAUUUUUAAAAUGUUGAGCAACAAGGUAACCACGACACAGCUACAGUAUAAAAUGCUGCCAAAGAGACCAGAGUUUGAAGAAUAUACCGUGAGGUUAAACACGUUUAACGAAAAGUGGCAAGUGGAUUUUUUAAAACCCGAAUUGGUGGCUAGAGCUGGACUUUGGUACAUAGGUGUGUAUUAAUUGGUGGUUUGUUUUUUUUUUUUUUUUUUGGUAGUAUUUUUUCUCUCAUUAUUUCUUAUUAAAUGGAACCAGAUACAUUCACAAUUUUUUCCCAGAUGCCUUCACAAAGGACUUAUAUCUCCUCUUGUUACGUCAUUUUUGGUACAUAGGUGUGUAUUAAUUGGUGGUUUGUUUUUUUUUUUUUUUUUUGGUAGUAUUUUAUCUCUCAUUAUUUCUUAUUAAAUGGAACCAGAUACAUUCACAAUUUUUUCCCAGAUGCCUUCACAAAGGACUUAUAUCUCCUCUUGUUACGUCAUAUUACUACUUUACUCCCAUUAAAACCCGCAAAGCAACUUUAAGAGUAUUAAGGAUAAUAAAUAAGGUACUGCCUUCAAGCUGGGUGAAGGAAAUAGUAGAGCAGGGUAUGUGGAAGCUUGGACCGAAAGAUAGCGAAAUUGUUCUGUCUGCUGGGGGAAGGCUCUUAGCCGAAACAUUUUUCUUUUACUGUCCUGUCUUUCGAUUUGAAGCUUCCACAGACCUUUUCCUACUAUUUCCUUUAAGAGUCUUAAAAGUUAGAGCAUCCGAAACGUAUAGGAAGAAAUUAUGUAUUUAUUAUGAAUGAUGAUAAAAACAUUCUAAAAAUUAAAAAAAGGGAAUUUUCUGAACAUGUCCAUUUUUCUAACUGUGAUUUCAGGCGAAGAAGACCGAGUCAGGUGUUACUUUUGUGGUGGGGGGCUGCGGAGGUGGGAACCAAAGGACGAUCCUUUAAAAGAGCACAAGAGGCUCUUUCCGACGUGUGGAUUUCUCACGAUGAAACUGUACGAAAGAGAAACAGACAAUCAUGAGGGAAAAGCCACCCAGACCUUUGGCAGUGAAGGGAACCAAAAAUCGAAACUGUGAUGAAAAAAAAAAAUUCUUUGGAUCUUUCUUCUCCGUUUUGGUAAAGAAUUCUAAUUCGUCCACUUUAUGCCUCGAGGAAGGUCUAGCUGUCAGCGAGGAACUGCUUCGUAGAUUUGGAAAGGCGUAGACUGUGCGGUGGUCACGUUAAUGUUCUUAGAGUGUGUUUUAAAAUAUGUAACAAUAGUUAUCAAAGUUUGAUAGCUGGCGAAUAUGGUUUGUCAUGUAUGUGCACUGGAAAUUUAUCAAGCUUAUUGGUCCAUAUGAAAAGUUGAUUCGCUAUCUCAAAUAAAAACUAGUGCGUGAUGAAGAUAACAUACUCUUCGGGAACUGCUUGAACGAGAUCGUCUGGCACAGUUUUCCAAGGUAGGAGAAAAUAAAAUGCUAUUGUUGAAAUCAUCCCCGUUAUGGAUGAACCAAAAUUCUUCAAUAAAUAUAAAGGUUUCGUCUCACUAGGAUAGUGUGUAUAAAUCAAUUUGUGUAUACAUCAUAUAUGGUGGUGUAGGUUUCGGUGAUUAGGACUCCAUCAGAGUGAAAAUAAUUGAAAUGGAAUUCCCCAGCGCGAAACUAAUGAGAAAACAUUUUUUUCGAGUGACUCAUGAUUUUCUUAGAACGUUCGACACAAUGAACUAGUUGUGUGACUGUUUCCAAAUAUGUUGCUGGGAAUCACGGGGAAGUAAAAAUGGUUUUACUUCACGUUUAUAAAGACGAUUUCCAACAUAUGCAUAAAUGGUUGAACACCUACCUGGUAAAUUAUCCACCACCAUUUGAACUAUUGCCAGAUGAACUGUCGCCAGGUGAACUAUUGUUUAAAAGUCUGGGAGAAAUGGAUUUUUUUUUAAAAAUUCAAGGACGUAAUGAGAAUUUGUACCGUGUUCAGAUACAUUAAACAAACUGAAACAAAAAAAACACUACAUAAGAAAUGCAUCAAAAGAAUCGACCAGGUCACUAGUACAAAGAAUCGGUGCGUGUUGGUUUAACAGUGCAAGAAAGCAGCAGCAGAAAGUUGACGACCACGUCCACUCAGCCUGAUACGGGUCAUAAACGAGGCAUCAUCAACAUUUCGCUUUAACUCGCUGAAAAUCCUUGCAUCAACGCCCUCCUCGGGUUCAAGAGAAAAUUGGGCAACUGAGAAAUGACUGGACACUGAAAUUAACAUUCAUCAUAAUUAAAUGUGAAAUUCAAUAUUAACGGGUUUUUUUUCUUGGACUUGAUUUUUAAAAAUAUUUAUGUCGCCUGUGGCAGCGCCACUACUGUUUGAGGCUACUUUCAAAUGAAGAACUUUUUUUUUUUUUAAACUUAUUUUUCAUCAACAUUUGUGAGCGUUUUCACUGAAAACACAAAUAGUCAACUUUGGAAAAACUAUGUAACAUAUAAAACCUGACAUAAAAAAUAAUCUACGCCCACACUAACAGCUGAACUCCAAUAAUACUUAACAUAAAGAUGUGUUCUGUUUUUACAUAUACGUUAUUUCCGUGGCAAUUGGAAUUUUUGUUGCUAUAAUAAAUUAUUAAAAAUUAUAAAACUCUCAACA